AUGAACUCGGGUAUGGCCAAUACCCCAAGCGAGACGGCCGACACCGUCUUCACGGAAGGAACGCUGGCGGAAGGAUUCUAUCAAGAUGAUAGAGACGUACCGCAGGCGGCAGCACCCACGCCCAAUACCUUGCCAACGACAGUCAUGCCCAUGAACGGGAAUGGUCAAGCCAACGGGGGGGUGCAAGAAGAAUCGAUGGCAUUGUCGACACCGAUGAACAUUGACGCGGUCCCAUUGUCCGGUGGUCCCAUGAUCGUACCAGGAGCGUUGAACGUGCGGCAGCACG